AUUGGCCCAUGGGUGGCCGAGGAGACCAAUACUAACUGGAAGUUCUAAAAUGAAAUAAAUAAAUAAUAAUGCUAUGAAUGAACAAAAUUUUGAUCACUAGACAAAAAAAGUGGGAUCAAGUUAAUAAACACGAGUGGGGAAAUCAUAUUCUUGUGUGAGGUAAGACUUAAAAAAUGAAAGAGAAGAAAAUAAAAACAAAUUAAGUUCGUUCAUAGUGUGAAUGUCCAAGUAGAUGAGAAGGAAAAUAUUGACGAGUACUUCAAAGAAAAGUGGCCAUCUCAUGAAGGUCCUAGGAUAUAUCUAUCGAAGAAUAAAAGCAGAGAAGACUUUUAGUGCUCGCAAAAAAAGUACAUAUAUGAUUAAUUUUCAUGGUGACAGUGACCUGAAGUACUUUGUCAAGCCCAUCCUGUAACUUUCAUCAUGUGUUGAAUCAGAAAGCUUGUCAUUAGUGAUUAUCAUAUGAGGCAGGUAGAAACUUGCUUAACCAAAGUAUGAAAAUCAUUUCCUAACUUGAGAAAAUUAAGAUAUUCUUAAUGUGGCAUUGUCAACAGGUUGUUAAUAAAGACUAGACCUACUUCAAUGAUGUCAUUGUUUAUUUUUCAAACACAGCCUACAGAGUUUUCUUGUUCUUCCUAUAUUGCUCCUGCAGCUUAGAAUGAUAUAUAAACCAAACCAAACCAAACCAAACCUUAAGUCCCAUCAAAUGGGAUAGCCUAGAAUGAUAUAUACAACCGCAAAACUAUCUCAUUCCUAGAAAGCUAACUCUACCCAUAUAUUUACCUAGGAUGCUUCUGCAGCCUAUGUUAGCAUGGGUUUUGGGAGCAGCUGUUCUUGCUGCUGCUACUGUUGCUGCCGCCGCUGAAACCUCAUCUGGUUGCCCAACUAGUUGUGGUGCCAUUAACAUCACGUACCCAUUUGGCACAAAGAAAGGAUGCUACAUGGAAGAACAUUUUCAUGUUUUUUGUGACCACUCCUCCGACCCUCACAAGCUGUAUUUAAAUACAAGUGAGGGUAGCAUAGAGAUCACAGACAUACUUCUUUCUGGUGAAUUACACAUAUCAUCCUCGAUAGCUCUUGAUUGCUACAACAAACAGGGUCUUCAGGUUACCAACAAUCAAAUCUCAGUCAGAUCCGGCAAAUUCCCCAUCUCAGUCACCCGAAAUAAGUUCAUAGCCAUAGGCUGUGACACCUACGGUGUUAUUGAGGGUUUUGAGGGACGAAACUAUAGCACGGGUUGCUUGUCACAAUGCGACAGUAUCGACAACGUGAUCAACGGCUCUUGUUCUGGCAUUGGCUGCUGUGAGAAAAGUAUCCCAAUGGAAGUGACAAGUUUCAAAUUCAAUGUCAGUAGCCAUGACAACCAUACUCGUGUUUGGGAGUUCAAUCCGUGCAGUUAUGCUUUUGUAGCGGAGGAAACUAAUUAUACCUUCUCUUCUAUAGAUCUUGCAAACUUACAAAAUAGAUCAAUGGUUCCAGUGGUGCUUGAUUGGGCAGUAGGGAACCAAAGAUGUGAUGAAGCCAAAAAAAAUCUAACUAGUUUAGCUUGCAAGGCUAAUAGCGACUGUUAUGACUUUGACAAUGGUCCUGGGUAUCGCUGCAAUUGCUCCCAGGGAUAUGAAGGGAACCCUUAUUCUCCUAAUGGUUGUACAGAUAUUGAUGAAUGCAUUAUUUCAAGCCCAAGUCCCUGCAACAUCAUAUGCCACAAUUUACCUGGUACAUACAGUUGUUCUUGUCCAGAGGGCUAUGAAGGUGAUGGAAGAACAGAUGGAUUAGGUUGCAGUCCAAUUCCAGAUUCCAACAACAUCCUUCCCUUGAUUAAGAUUGCACUGGGCAUAAGCAUAAGCGUAUCAUUGCUACUUUUUGGUGGCUCCUGGCUAUAUUGGGGACAUAGGCAAAGGAAUAUCAUCAAUCGCAGAGAGAAGUUCUUUCAGCAAAAUGGUGGGAUCAUGUUACAACAACUUUCCAUACGUGAAGGAUCAGUACAGUCCGCUAAAAUCUUUACUGCAGAGGACCUUAAGAAGGCAACAAACAACUACCAUGAAAGUAGAAUCCUGGGCCAAGGUGGCCAAGGAACAGUCUACAAGGGAGUAUUACCAGAUAACACCAUAGUUGCCAUUAAGAAGUCCAAAGUAGCAGAACAGAGCCAGUCCCAGAUUGAGCAAUUCAUUAACGAAGUCAUAAUUCUCUCCCAAGUCAACCAUAGGAAUGCUGUGAAACUCCUAGGGUGUUGUUUGGAGACGCAAGUUCCUUUACUAGUCUAUGAAUUUAUUACCAAUGGGACUCUCUAUGACCACAUACACACUGUAGGUGGCACAUCCUCAAUAACAUGGGAGAAUCGUUUAAGGAUAGCAACAGAAACUGCAGCGGCCCUUUCAUAUUUGCACUCUGCCGCUAGCACUCCUAUCAUUCAUAGAGAUGUUAAGUCCACUAACAUACUAUUAGACAACAAUUACAUUGCAAAAGUAUCCGAUUUUGGCUCUUCGAGGUUGAUCCCCGUAGACCAAACUCAAUUAACCACAUUGGUUCAAGGUACACUUGGUUACUUGGACCCAGAGUGCUUCCAAACAAGCCAAUUGACUGAAAGGAGUGAUGUUUACAGCUUUGGGGUUGUCCUUGUGGAAUUGCUCACCGGCAAGAAAGCAAUUUCUUUUGACAGGCCUGAAGCAGAUAGAAAUUUAGCAAUGUAUUUUAUUUCAGCAAUGAAAGAAGAUCGCUUGUUUGAAAUUGUUGAUGAACAGGUGAUAAAUGAUGCAAAGGCUGACCAACUAGAGGAAGUUGCUAUUUUAACAAAGAGAUGCUUAAGAGUGAAAGGAGACGAAAGGCCAACCAUGAAGGAAGUGGCAAUGGAGCUAGAGGGAUUGAGAAUGAUGGAGAAAAACUCAUGGUUAAAUGGCAAGAAAAAUUUAGAAGAGACUCAGUAUUUGCUUGGAGAUCAACUUUCAGAUGCUUAUAGUGGUGGCACUAGUAUGAGCAAUUCAGCAGCUUGUGAUGGCAUAGCAAACCAUGUCAUGUCACCAUUUCAUAGUGGACGAUAAGGUGAUACUUAUGAUGGUCUAUCUUCAUUAGAUGUUUUGUAAUAUUUUUAUUUCGGCCAAUUUGUCAAAUAACCCUGUGAAUUGUUUUGAAUAUUUGGUUAUAAUAUGUUGAGGUUCAAUUAGUUUGAUUUUAGACUUUGAGCAUCAAAUGUUUGUCUUGAAGGGUAGUUAUCGAUGCAAAUCCUGCCUUUAUGUAUCAGACAAACAAUGAAUAAUAAAACUUUGCAGUUUGGAGCACAUCUACACACUCUAUAAAUGAAGCAACAUCAGUACCACUUUACCUUUUCAUUUCAUCGUCACAAACAAAUGAUUUUAUCGUCAUUUAAAAGUCCAGCUGACGCAGUAUGGUUAGAUAACAAGUUGAUGGAUCAAUUUAACAGUUUGAAUCAAAUUUGAUAAUUUAGGAGAAUUUCCAAAUGUUGGAUCAGCCGUGAAGGACCCAUACUCGAUAUGAAACAACCUAUUUCCAAAACUUUUACAUCAUUUACUUUUUUAUCAAUUUUAAAUUACUUCAAGAUCAUUAAAGGCUUAAUGAACUGGGAUUAGGUCAGAUGGGACAGAAUCCUAACACUUUAUUGGGAUGUUAAAUUCGAGUAUUGCCACAGACAAGUACUUUUCAUAAAAAUUACUAAUGGGCUUUGUUGGUCAAGUGGUACCAAUUGGCCUUUCAAUUUGUCAGGCCCUCAAAUACUCAUAUUAUCUUGAUGAUCCUAAAGUGGGUUCAUCAAAGCAAGAUGAACCCAAAUUUUUCUACUUUUUCGAUGCUUACUACAAUUAACUUUCAAGUCUAUAAUUGAUUAGAUGUGAACAAAGUCUGAAUUUGAUGCUUACUACAGUUAUCUUCAAGAAAACAAUUUAAGCCCUUUCCAUUAUAAUCUCACCCUGUUUUCCAUGUAUUCCACUUUUUUAUCAAAUCAACCAAAAAUAAAAGAAUAUUUAAAGAACAGUAAUUUAGUAGAAUUUCUCAAUGUAAGUCCUAUUCUUUUCCUUUUGCAAAUUUAUUCUCACCAUGUUUUUUUUCUAAAUACAGCAGUUUCACAUAUAAACCAAAGUUGCCAAUCUUGUACCGGACAAAGCAUUGGUUUUUCCAUUGGUAGGGUACUGUUUCGCGUUUAUCACUACAAUUGUUAUCAUUAUAAAUAUAAAAGGAACAACUAAACCUUAACUUUGACAAUUAACCCAAUAUUGAAUUUCUGUUAAUGAAAUCCAAAAAAGUUCUUUACAGCUCCUAUGUUUGUUUAUACACUCAUACAGGGUCGGUCCUAGGCAUAGGCCCACCAAGUCAUGGCUUAGGACCCCUCAAAAUAGACCCAAAAAAAGGCCCCUCCUAUUAUAAUUUUGUGUAAUAUAUUAGAUAUGUGAUUAAGUCGAAAAAAAAUUAAAAAAAGACCCAAACUAACUUAAAAUAAAUUGACCCGUUAAAUUAUUAAAAGGCUCAUUCCAAAUUAAAAGAGCCCAUUCUCUCUCCCUAUCUAAUUCCUAACCCUAACUCUGAAUUCAAUUUUCCUAAAAACUUGAGAGAAGUGGCACAACAAAGCACUAACGAAUUUCUCAAGAAUUCAAAGCAGCAACACAGCACAGGUAGGUCUUUUUUUCUAUUCAAUUAAUUAAAUAUUUGUCUUACUUUUUGCUCAAUUCCUAUUAUAAUAUUGGUAUUUAUACAAACCUGCAUCAUUAAGAAGAAUUAAUCUUUUGCUACCUGGACUAUUAUAACAUUAGAACUUUAAUAAUUCACAUCACAUAGUUUAAAAGUUUUGUGUUUUGUUCAGUGGUGGUGGUGUAAUAUAAUGCUAAAAUCUUUUAUCCUUGCGGCACGUGCGAGAAGCCCCACCGCACGUGCGGUUCUGGGCAAAAACCUGCUGUUCAAAAAAACUUGCGGCAACUUUGACACAAAUCUUUUAUCCUUUACCUUCAAAAAAUAAAUAAAUAUGUGAAAGGCACCAAAUGAUCUAGUGAUAUUUGUUAGUUGAUUAUCUGUUUUGAGCUCCGGAAAUCUCAGGCCGGGCCUGAACUCAUAAGCUCAGCCAAGAUAAAAGAAAACGUAAAGCAAAGCAAACAAAUAUUUAUAACAAUCUUUGUUUGUGGCAUUUGAUCGAGCACCUAACAGACACAAAAGAAGGUAUAUAUGCAUUGUUCCACUUAGCAUACAUAGAGAAGCCAAUGAAUUCCAAGAAAAGAAAAUCAAAACAGAGUCAAAGAUACAAAAAGGGCAAUAAUCAUACAGACACUAAAAAACCAAGCUCAGAAUAUUCGUAAAAGAAAAGAUACCUCGUGAGGCUUCUCAAUGUCUCAAACCGAGAGAGAGAGAGAGUAUUUUCUGGGAAUAAC